GGCUAGCCAUACAAAAUGCCAUACCAUACAAAAUGAUUUGCGUUCAUAAAACGUUAUGGCCGGUAUUGAAAUUUUAAUUUUUAUUAUUAUUAAACUGACUUCACUGAAUUAAAUUAUUAUAAUGAGCAAGCUAAAUAAAUGGCGCACUGAAAGACAGCAACAAAACGUCUUAUUACUUUACUUUACCGGUAUGAGUGCAUCUUUAUUUAAAUUAAACAAAAAAGGAUUAGUUUAAUAUGCUUGAAUUUUUAGUAACCUAUUUCUCAUGAAUCAUUAAAUUUCGAGUUACAACACUUAAGGCUUGACAGCUGCCAAAAUUGUUUACAAGAAGUGUCAAGAAGUGAAGAUUCUAACCUAAAUCUUGGUUUUGUUGUUGUAACAAAUUUUCUGCUCCUAGAACCGGCUUUUUCGCAAGCCCAGUUAAACAUGGAGAAUGUGUUGGUGCUUAAAGAUUAUAAAACGGUUCCAGAUAUUGUGCAUGAAUACAGCCCUACCCUAAAGUUUGGCCAUAUACCGUUGGUAAUUGAUAAUGGUUCAUAUCAAUGCAGAGUGGGUUGGUCAAUAAAUGAUGAGCCUAAUUUAAUUUUUAAGAAUUUGAUAGCUAGACCUAGAAAAGAUAGAUGCAAAAAAGAUGCCGAGCCUCCAGCCACUCCCCCGAUACAGAUUGGUAAUGAUAUAGUGAAUAUUGAAGCAGUAAGAUUCCAAUUGAAGACUCAAUUUGAUAAGAAUGUAGUUACACAUUUUGAGGCUCAGGAACAAGUAUUUGACUAUAUUUUCUCACACUUGGGUAUAGACAAUGAGGGAAGUGUACCACAUCCAAUUUGUAUGACCGAAGCCUUUGUAACUCCUAAUUAUUGUAGGCAGUUAAUGUCAGAACUACUUUUUGAGGGUUAUGGUGUUCCUGGAGUAAGCUAUGGAGUGGAUUCCUUGUUCAGCAUGUACAAAAACGAUAUUGGAGAUUCAGCACUCAUUAUCAACUGUGGCUACCAUACCAUUCAUAUCAUACCAGUAAUUAGAGGACAAGUUAUUGUUGAUCAUGCAAGGAGGAUUAAUUUAGGUGGCAGUGAAAUGAUAUAUUAUUUACAUAAGCUCUUGCAGCUUAAGUACCCAGUCCAUGUAAAUGCUAUCACUAUGUCAAGAGUAGAGGAAAUACUACAAGAGCACAGUUCUAUAGCCCUUAACUACCAAGACGAAAUCAGGAAAUGGGCCAACCCUGAUUAUUAUGAAGCAAAUGUUAAAAGAAUACAACUCCCUUAUGUUCAAGCUGCAAGUUCAACUGGCUUAACAGCUGAGCAGCAGAAGGAACGGAAAAAGGAGAUGGCUCGACGAUUGUUAGAAAUAAAUGCCAGAAAGAGGGAGGAAAGACUUGCAGAAGAUGAAGAACAAUUAAAUCAACUUCUUUCUAUUAAGGAUAUGAUAGAGGAUGGUGACACUGACGAAUUCAAUGAAGCUAUAAAAGGAUUUGAUAUCAAAAGCUAUGAAGAUUUACAGAGACAAAUAACCAACUUGAACAUGCGAAUAGAUAAGAAUAAACAACGCAUUGCAGCAGCUGCAACAGCUGAAGAGAAUCUAGAGACGCGACCUACCGGCAGAAUGAACCCGCCUACGGAACCUGAAGCAUUCCAAGUUUGGCUGAAUGACACGCGUACUAAGUAUCGCGAACUAGUUGCUCGUCGCGAAGCUCGUAGAGCUCGUCGUGCCGCGAUGGUAAAGCGACGUACAGCCGCAGCCGCUGAGCGGAUGAGAGUAAUCUCGCGGCUUGCUGCAGCUGGAGACGAUUUCGGGAACCAAGAUUCUGAUUGGGAUGCGUAUAAAAGCAUAAGCCGCGAAGCCGAUUCUGAUUCUGAAGCUGAUGGUGAACGUCUUCUUGAAUUAGAGGAAGCUCUGCGGGAAUACGAGCCGCCGCCGGCUAAUUCCAGUCAGCAUCACCAACUGCAUCUUGCUAUCGAACCAUUAAGAGCUCCGGAACUGAUGUUCCAGCCUUCAAUGAUGGGCAAUUUAGAAGCAGGCCUAGCUGAGACAAUGGACUAUGUUUUCAAACAUUUUAGUCCUGAAGACCAACUCCUGUUGGCUAACAACGUUUUUCUUACGGGUGGAUGUUCUCAAUUUCCAGGACUAAAAGAAAGACUGGAAAGAGAACUACUUGAAAUGAGACCAUUUCAAUCGACCCAUAAAGUAGUUAUGGCGAAAAACCCGUGCCUCGAUGCCUGGUACGGCGCAAGAGAUUUUGCAGGUAGCAAUGACUUUGAAAACUGUUGUAUUUCUAAAGAAGAGUACUACGAAAUGGGAGCUGAGUACUUGAAGGAGCAUUAUGUUAGUAAUAAGUAUUAUAAGAGCCCGGCGCCCAUUGUUGAUAAUACACUCGCACCGGCUGUUGACGCAAAUGUUGUCAAAGAAGAAAUCGUUGUCGAUUGUUAAAGGUAUAUAACUCUUUUACUUAAUAAAGUAUUUUAUAAGUGA